GCACCACCGACGUGACCUGGCGGCAGGCGACCAGGAGCGAGCAGCACGCAGCACGGCAGCAGCCUUUCGGCCAGAGAGGUUCAGGGCAGUCACGGUCAACUCAAACACCUCUCAACUGCAAAUCACUUUCUUUUCCACCAAACCAGCUCGCUCUGCACCCAACUUUCUCCUGUAUUCUUCUUUUCUUUUCCAUCGGCAGCUUAGCAGAGACUGUUGCUUCCAUCGAAACGCGCUUCAUUUCCAAUUCCGACCCUCUUAGGCGGUCGAGAGUUGUCCGAAAACACACUUAUUUACACACCAGUUUGCGCCACCCCAGCCAACCGCAACCAUGAGCAACAGCAUGCGCGACUUGAUUGACGGCGAGGCCGAGCUCGAUGACGAGGAGGAUGAUGAGUCCUUCGAUGAGGAGGCCGGCGACCGCCCGAGAAGAAGACCCAACAUUGAUGAUUCCAGCGAAGAGGAGGAAGACGACGAAGAUGAGGAAGAGGCCAGAAAGAUCCGCGAAGGUUUCAUCGUAGACGAAGAUGAAGAGGACGAGGCUGAGGAUUCCGACGCGCGCGAACGCCGUAGGAGAAAGAAGCGCCGCCGUGAGCGCGAAGAAGAGGAGCAGCUCGACGAAGAAGAUCUCGACCUUAUUGGCGAAGCAAUUCCUGAGUGGGAGCGGAAGCCACAACCCCAGCAAACCAAGUUCAAGCGCCUGAAACGGGGUCAUAGGGAUGACCACCGCCCCACUGAACGUCGCGGUCUUGCCGAGAUCUUCUCCGACGAGGACGAAGAGCACGAUGAUCGAGGCUACGGCCGUCCCAGCGGCCGCGCUCAAGCGGACGAGUUUGACGACUUCAUCGAAGAUGAUUACCCCGAGGAUGACGAAGAACGCCGACACCGCGAAGAAGAUGAGGAGGUCGCUCGUCCCAAGGAUAGGGGCCUUAACAUCGAUACAACCGGGCUCGACAAGGAUGCUCUUGAUGACAUGGAUGCCAUUUUCGGUAAUGGUGAAGACUACGAAUGGGCGUUGCAGCUGGAGGAAGAGCAGGAGCACGCGGAGCGAACAAAGGAAGAUAUCGAGUUGCAAGAUGUCUUCGAACCUUCGCAGCUCAAGGAGAAGCUUCUUACCGACGAGGAUAACAGGAUUCGGUUCAACGACGAGCCUGAGCGCUUCCAGCUCGAUCGCAAGGCUUUCAAGAAUCUCCAGAUGACGUCUGACCAGUUCAAGGAGGAGGCUCGGUGGAUCAGCAACCUGAUGCUGCCAAGCAAGAAUCUUUCCAGUGAGCUUCACGGCCCGUUCAACAAGGCCGUGGGCAAGGUCCUCGAAUUCUUCGUUAUCGACGGCGUCGAAGUUCCCUAUGUUUUCCAGCACCGAAGAGACUACCUCAUCCACGCCAAGAAGAUGCGCAACCCGAACCGCCGCGAUGAUCCCGACGCUCCCGAGUAUACUGUUGACGCCGAGAAACUCCUCACCCAAGAUGACCUGUGGAAGGUCCUGGAUCUCGACAUCAGGUUCCGGUCUUUCCUGGAGAAGCGUAACGCGUUAGAACAAACCUACGACAAGCUCAAGGAGAAGACCCGGGACGAUAUCCUUGAAGAGAUGAUACGCCAAGCCCAGUCCAUUGAGGAGCUCCAGGAUCUCCAAGAUUACCUAAACUUUCAGUACUCGGCGGAGCUCAAGGACCUUGCUGCUAACGAUAAUAGCGCACAGCGUGAGAUCAAGAGGGCCGGUGGCAGGACAGCUCAGUUUGAACGCAUCCGGCGAUCCAAUGCCUACAAGUUUGUUCAGGCACUCGGAAUAACGCCUGAUCGUCUUGCCAAGAACAUUCUGCGCGAAAGCAAGAAGGUGACCUCAGAUGACGAUUCAAGGCUACCAGAUGAUCUCGCCGACACAUUGGUAGACGCCGAUUUCCCGACGGGCGAGCAGGUUAUCAAUGCCGCUCGCCAAAUGCUUGCUGAAGAGAUGUUUGCCAGUCCUCGGAUGCGCAAACACUUCAGGAAAAACUUCUACGGCAUGGGCAUUGUGAGCUGUCGUCGUACUGAUAAGGGUCUACGCAAGAUCGACGAAGCAAAUCCUUACUACGAGGUCAAGUAUCUCAAAAACAUGUCCAUCGCCGAUCUUGCGGUUCGGCCGGAGCUCUUCCUGAAGAUGAUGAAGGCAGAGGAAGAGGGGCUCAUCGAAAUCAAGGUUUCGCUGGAGAACGAUCGCGAAUUCAGGCAACAACUUUUUAGUGACUUUGCCUCGGAGAACUUUAGCGAGCUUGCCGACAAGUGGAAUGCGGAACGCCAAAAGGUGAUCGAUUUGGCCUUUGACAAGCUUGUAAAGGUUAUUGUCAAGGGUGUGAAAGACUCCUUGCGUACGGCGUGCCAGGAUGAGCUGCUGAAGACCUGCCGUGAGCUCUACUUCAAGAGACUGGAUCAAGCCCCUUACAAGCCUAAAGGUAUGAUUAUUGGCACGAGUCCCCGCGUGCUCACUCUAUCAAAUGGCAUGGGCGACCCCAACCGUGAACCUGUAUCCUGGGUCUCGAUGGACGAGGAUGGAAGGAUUCUCGAACACGGUACCUUUACCAACCUAGCUCGCGAUGAGAGUCAGCGUGAGGCCUUGGCUGAGCUAGUCAGGCGUCGGCAACCUGAUGUUAUUGGCAUCUCCGGUUUCUCAGCCGAUACGCACCGUCUCAUCAAGGAUGUCGAGGGUCUCGUCAGUGAAAAGGGACUGGUCGGCCCCGAAUACGAUGACCCGGAGACAAACGAGUAUCGCUCUGACCUGCUCGAGGUGAUUGUCAUCAACGAUGAGGUCGCCCGGUUGUACAAGGACAGCCCUCGCGCGGUUGCAGAUCACCCGAGCCUCAAUCCGAUGACCCGGUACUGCAUUGCUCUGGCUAGAUAUAUGCAGAACCCCAUGAAGGAGUAUGCGGCCCUUGGCAAGGAUGUCACCUCUCUUCAAAUCCAUCCCUACCAGCAGUACCUUCCUCAAGCAAAGCUGCUCAAGCACCUUGAGACGGCCAUGGUCGACAUGGUCAACCUCGUCGGUGUCGAUAUCAACGUGGCGAUGCAGGACGCCAAUACCGCGCAUCUUCUUCCCUACGUCGCUGGUCUUGGUCCUCGUAAAGCACAACUGCUCAUCAAGGGUAUCAACAAGAACGGCGGCGUCGUCACCUCGCGUGACGAGCUUGUCGGUGACCCCGAACGACACAAGCUCCCCGUCCUUGGUCCUCGCGUGUGGAACAACUGCGCCAGCUUCCUUUUCAUCGAGUACGAGCCUACGAACCCUGAAUCCGACCCGCUGGACAACACUCGUAUCCAUCCUGAGGACUACGACCUUGCCCGGAAGGUGGCAGCCGAUGCACUGGGCUUGGACGAGGAGGACGUCAAGGCCGAAACUGACGAGAACGGCGCUGGUGCGAUUGUUCGCAAGCUCUUCAAGGACGAUGAGCAGGACAAGGUCAACGAGCUCAUCUUGGAGGAAUAUGCCGAGCAGCUAGAACGCGAGUACCAACAGCGCAAGCGUGCUACGCUGGAGACCAUCCGGGCUGAGUUGCAGGUGCCAUAUGAGGAGCUGCGCAAGAAGUUUGAGAGCCUUAGCGUGGAUCAGGUCUUCACCAUGCUCACGGGUGAGAACCGCGACUCGCUCUGCGAGGGCAUGAUUGUGGCGGCCAAUGUGCGGGUAGUGAAGGAUGACUUUGCUAUUGUCAAGCUGGACUGCGGCAUUGAGGGACGCGUUGAGUCUCACGAUGUUUCGUACCGCCACUCGAUUAAGGAUGUGCUUCAUGUCGGACAGGUCGUUCAGGCCAAGCUCAUUGAUCUCAACCGCAAGGAAUUUGUGAGCAAGCUAUCGAUGAGGGAUGAGGAAAUGAGGCGACCAUUCCGAAGGCACUUUGACCACGGUCGCGACCAGUGGGAUUACAGGAAGGAGGAUGAGGACAGGGAGGAGCUCCGCGAGAAGGACAAGACCACGGGCCGUGCGCAGAGAGUGGUCAACCAUCCUCUGUUCAAGCCCUUCAACAGCACCCAGGCCGAGGAGUAUCUGGGCAGUCAGCCGUCUGGCGAGGUUGUAAUCCGACCUUCUAGUAAAGGUAACGAUCACCUCGCCAUUACCUGGAAGGUGGCGGAUGGUGUGUUCCAGCAUGUCGACGUGUUCGAGUUGCAGAAGGAGAACGAGUUCGCUGUCGGCCGUGUUCUCCGCGUGGGCAAGUACACAUACCAGGAUCUGGACGAGUUGAUCGUGGACCACGUCAAGGCCAUGGCCAAGAAGGUGGAUGAGAUCAUGCAGUGCGACAAGUUCCAGAAGGGCUCCCGUAAUGAGACUGAGAAAUGGCUCACCACCUACAUGGACGCCAACCCCAACCGGUCAACAUACGCCUUCUGCAUCGACACCAAGCACCCCGGUUACUUCUUCCUCUGCUUCAAGGCCAGCCGAAACUCGCGAGUCAACGCCUGGCCGGUGCGCGUCAUCCCUCAUGCGUUCGAGCUUAUGAAGAGCCAGUACCCAGAUGUUAGGGCCCUCUGUAACGGCUUUAAGCUUCGGUACCAGAGUGAGAUGUUGAAGCAGCAGUCGGGAGGCAGAUAGUACUGCAAUAGCAGACAUAGUGGGGUUUUGAUGGGUUUUCGCUUGAUUGGUUAUAGGGUCUCCGGUUGCAAUGGAAAACAAUCUCGUUUUCUCUCUGUGUUUAGGGGUUGGACCGCAGUGGACACUGGGGCUUUGAAGAGGCAGCGCAUUUGUUCAUUGAGGGAUAGACUUUUACGUAUUUACAUCAGAUUGGGUCGUGGAUCAUGGGACCUUACAAAAAGCCGAUAUAGUUAUUCAUACGUUUAGGGAACAGUAAUGGAGAAUUACAAAAAAAAUGUUAUCAGGCAUGCUUGGAAUGAU